CUAUAGUCAUCAUUGUUGUUGUUGAAGGCAGCUCCACAUCAGAAAGCAUGCCGUGUUAGUCAUACGGACAGACAUUAUAUGGACGUGCUUAUUUUUUACCAUUGACUCUAUACACUCACAGAAGGUGGGUAGGAGAUGGAGUCCGGUGAAGCUACUGUACAGUACAACCGAUGGAAUGAAGACAACAUUAACAUGAAUGUAGCUGCUUCUCAGAGUAGCCUGAAUGGGAUCUGUAACAAACUGUGCACGGGGCAGCUGGGUGUGGUUGUGAGAGUGGCAGGCUUGCUGGCUGUAAUGGCUUCCAUGUACAUCCUGGGCUACGUCACUGGAUACUACGUUCAUAAAUGCUGACACUGUCGAAGACAUUUCACUGCUGUGGCCAACAACGCAUGACAAAUGAAUUCACUCCAAAGCAGUUUAUACAUUAAUUCAUUCAUUCAUUCUCCAUGUAUGAAACAAUUUUGACUUGAAGUUACUUUUUUUUUUACCAGUGUUAUGAAAAUGUUAAAAGCAUUCUGUUUAGCAUGUAUAACUUUACUCGCUUUACUGCAGUUUGUAUACUGUAUACUUUGUCAAUUAUAAGUGGUAUUAAAACAUUGCACAUUAAAAUUUCUGUUUCUUA